GCCUCCGGGGCAGCAGUAGCGGCGGCCGGGGCCGGGGCGAGGGCCGGGGGCGCCGGGGGGCCGGCGGCGGCUCGGGCGGGACGAUGAAGCGGCAGAACGUGCGCACGCUGGCGCUCAUCGUGUGCACCUUCACCUACCUGCUGGUGGGCGCCGCGGUCUUCGACGCGCUCGAGUCGGAGCCCGAGAUGAUCGAGCGGCAGCGGCUGGAGCUGCGGCAGCAGGAGCUGCGGGCGCGCUACAACCUCAGCCAGGGCGGCUACGAGGAGCUCGAGCGCGUCGUGCUGCGCCUCAAGCCGCACAAGGCCGGCGUGCAGUGGCGCUUCGCCGGCUCCUUCUACUUCGCCAUCACCGUCAUCACCACCAUCGGCUAUGGCCACGCGGCGCCCAGCACGGACGGCGGCAAGGUGUUCUGCAUGUUCUACGCGCUGCUGGGCAUCCCACUUACGCUCGUCAUGUUCCAGAGCCUGGGCGAGCGCAUCAACACCUUCGUGAAGUACCUGCUGCACCGCGCCAAGAGGGGGCUGGGCAUGCGGCGCGCCGACGUGUCCAUGGCCAACAUGGUGCUCAUCGGCUUCUUCUCGUGCAUCAGCACGCUCUGCAUCGGCGCCGCCGCCUUCUCCUACUACGAGCACUGGACCUUCUUCCAGGCCUACUACUACUGCUUCAUCACGCUCACCACCAUCGGCUUCGGCGACUACGUGGCGCUGCAGAAGGACCAGGCGCUGCAGACGCAGCCGCAGUACGUGGCCUUCAGCUUCGUGUACAUCCUCACGGGCCUCACGGUCAUCGGCGCCUUCCUCAACCUCGUGGUGCUGCGCUUCAUGACCAUGAACGCCGAGGACGAGAAGCGCGACGCCGAAAGGCAGGCAGACUGAAGCAAGGACAGGCAGGCUGCAGGAGGGACAGGGAAGGGAGGGGGAGGUAGUGCACCUCCCCCCACCCCAGUCUGCAGGGUGGUAGAUGACAGUUCACUGGCCUCCAGCCACAUCGGGGUGAGAGAAGUCCAGCCUCAGACACUGCCCUUAGAAUCAAACAGAACACUUCGUACUUGCCAUCCCUAGCCGCUGCUGACAAUGACCAACUCUUAAAUCUGUGGAAUGAGUUUUAGCCUCUGAAAACCCUGUCCUGUCAACUCAUUCAUGUGAUUCUCACAACGCCCCCGUUAGGUCACGAGGGCAAGGGUUCUCAUGCCCAUUUUACAGACGACACAGACACCCAGACAGGUGACGUGACUUGCCCAAGGUGACACAGAUGGCCAAAGGCCCAGGGGGACAGGAACCCAGGCUGCUUGUUCUGAGUCUCUGCACCCUUUCCUUCAGACUCCUCUGCCCCCUGUUGAAAACGAAGGUCCUGCCCUGUACCCCCAGGCAUUGUGUGAGCUACUGGGGCUUAGACCAGAAGCAGAUCCCAGGACGGAGCCAGUGUUGGGGCUUAGCCUCUACGCCACUUAGCCAGGAGAUGGGGGUUCUAAAUGGGCCCUUGAGGCAGGGGAGGACCCCUCAGUCCCCGGACUGUGUGCUGACAAACUGGGUAGCAGGGCUGAGGCUCAUAGAAGAAAGGCCAGGAGCGGGGGCUCUAGGGGUUGGGGAAUGGGGUAGAAUGAGCUAGACAACUGUCAGGCAUAUCCUACUGGGACAUUAUCCCUGGCUCUGCAGCCAGUGUUGGUGCCUGUGUCCCAGGUAGCUAGAGAUAAAUUAAGGCUGCAGCGAGGAACGCCCCUCCCAGGUAGGGAGUUUGGACUUGGUGGGCCCACUGCCCACCCCACCUGCAAUCAGAAACCCAGGCGCAGAGCCGCAGAGGGAGGUGAGGCCCUAGACUCCACUGUGGGGCCCACAGCUGGAGCUGGUCUCGUGUCUCAGGGCAGCCUCAGGGGUGGGCAGGGGGCCUCUCCCCACUCAAGAGCUGCCCUCCCGUGUUGUGCCCCUGUCAGCUCUCUACCGCCGUGGAGCAAGGUCAGCCCUGGUAUUCAGGGCAGCUGGAGUGGGGGACCCACAGGGUGCUCAGCCUCGGCUACACCCAGCCACGUGCUCCCGCCUCUGGGAACCCCUGAGAGAGAAGAAGUCCAGCCUGUGUGUGAGUCCUGUCUCAGUGUGGAGGAGCUGGCUGGCUGCCCAGGUGCCGAGAAGAAGAGGGCACGGGGUGCCCGCUGUGUUUAUGUGUGGGGGUGGGGGGGCGGUGCUGGCUGCCUCUGUCCUGUGUGUGACCCUGCCCUCGAGGGGUCCUGUCCCGUCAGUCCCGAGGGAGCCACAACCAAAGUCGCAGGGAGAUGGUGAGGAAGGAGGCCAAAGUGUCCUCAGCAGAGCACGGCAGACUGCUCGGUCUCCGGCCGGGUCUUGCCCAGGGAACUGGAAGGCCAGUGUUGCUUCCCCCCUCACGCCCUCCCACUGCAGGCAGCCUUUCUGCUUCCCCAAUGCCUUACGCCUGGGCACACUGCCACAGAAUAUGCAAUACAUGUGGGUGACAGGCCCCCACGCCCACACCCCACCCCGGGCAGCCCCUGGACCCCAAAGGCUACGGCUGCCACAGCCUUCCUUCUGCCCCUCCUGCCUAUCUGUCUUCACAUUGAGAAUGGCGUCUAAUAAAUGCUGUCCAUGGAGACCAGG